GCAAAAAAUCCCCCCAAUUCGGCCCCCUUUGACAUCUCCUCCGGACUCGAAAUUAGGGCUUCGAAUUUGGGGAGAUUUCUGCCUUGGGAGAGAACGAGAGAGAGAGAGAAAGAAGAAGAAGAAGAAGCAGAGAUGGUGUGCGAAAAGUGCGAGAAGAAGCUGUCGAAGGUGAUAGUGCCGGACAAAUGGAAGGACGGAGCCAGCAACACCACCGAGGGCGGCGGCCGCAAGAUCAACGAGAACAAGCUCCUCUCCAAGAAGUCCAGGUGGACUCCUUAUGGAAAUACAAAGUGCAUUAUUUGUAAGCAGCAGGUGCAUCAAAAUGGCAAGUACUGUCACACCUGUGCAUACACAAAAGGGGUUUGUGCGAUGUGCGGCAAGCAAGUACUUGACACCAAGAUUUAUAAACAAAGCAAUGUGUAAUAGAACCAUGUUGAUCUUCUCUUGGGGAUGUCAUGACCUGUAGCGCGGAUUUGUUGCAUGACUUCUAACCAUUACUUUAUUGAGAUCUUGCAAGAAUUUGUGAAUGAGGCUGUAAAGUAUGAUUUUCGUUGGAUCUGCAAUAUCUGGCUUUCCUGAAUGGAAUGAUCUGCAUUUAGCUCUUUA